AUGACUACUUAACUUGUGAUUUUAAAUGUCCUUGCUGUGCCUAAGUAUGUGAUUAAGAUCAUUGGAAAUAUAGUUAAUAUGCAAGAGGAAAAGAAUAAAAUAAACACACUAUUUAAUGUGGGCAUAGAUUUGCUGCAUUUAACGGAGUAAGAAUUGAAAAAGAAAAUUUGCCUGCACUUAUAACAUGCUUAGACAAUGAAGAUAAUACUUCGAUUAAAUAUUAAGGUUAAUUAUUAAAAUGGAGUAAAUUUAAAGAAAUUCAUGAAGCGUGGGAUUGGAAUGCAGGAAAUUCUUAAAAAGAAAAAGAAUUAUCAAGAUAGAAGUGGUAAAAGCUUUGGCAGUUAAUUGAAAUGUAAAUAAUAAAUUAGCCCUAUGCAUUUUAUAAUUGCCUUUGAUGAAAGUGGUAGUAUGAAUGGUAAAAAUUGGUAGGAUCUGAGAGCUGAGUUAGAAAAUUUUAUUAAUCUUAGACUUGAUAAAAGUGAAUAAGAUUUUUGCACUUUAAUAGGAUUUAAUGAUAAAUCUUUUGUUUAUUCGAUGUUUGAAAACUUAAACAAAUAAUUGAUUUAAAAAAUACCUUAAAAUAAUCACGGUGACGGUACUAAUUACUCUAGAAUAUUUGAUAGCAUAUUAUAAAUACUAAAUCAUUAAAAAAGUAAAGAAUUUAUUCAAAAUACAGUAAUCUUUUUCUUGACAGACGGAGUUGCAAAUAAACCUGAUUCAUAAAUAUAAACUUUAUUAACAAAACAUGAACUUAUAAAAGAAAUAAUGUUCAUUGGUUAUGGUAAUCAUGAAUUUAAAGUGCUUUUAUAGAUGGUUAGUGAUCUUUAAAAUCUAAAUGCUACGUUUUACAAAACUUUAGAUUAAUAAUAACUCUCGUAGUAGUUCGAAAAUUUGUCAUUAAUUAUUCCUAGUUGA